AUGGACGAAGUGGACGAUAUAUUGAACCAGAACGAGGUCGAGGAAGAAGAGGAGGAGGAAGAGGAAGAAGAGGAAGAAUUGCAAGAAUUGGGCGAAGGUGAUGACGAAGACGAAGAAGAAGACGAAGAGGCAGAUGAUAGUAAUGACGACAUGGAGGUAGACGACGAGCCCAAUGAUAGUAAUGAAAAGGGUCGCGAGGAUGAAGAAGAAGAAGAUGACAAUGACAAUGACAAUGACAAUGAAGAAAGCACGACACAGAGAGACACACUUCAUGACUAUUAUCUCUCUUUACUGCAAUCAUCAAAAGUCGCAUCCUCUUACAAUAUUAUACCCACUGUAGCUAUACCAAUUCAAUCGCAUAUUAAUACUCUGUCAUUGUCAAAGGGUUUGAAGUAUUUGUUUGUCGGUGGGGACGACGGGUACAUUAGAAAAUAUGAUUUAUUAAAUUCAAUCGAUGGACAAUUAUCUUUAACAAUCUUACAAAAACAUUCAUUAGCAGAAUCGAUCUCAAAUGCAGGGAUCCUGACAGGUUAUUGGGAAAAUGAAGUCCCACAAAAGAAAUCAGAGAUGAAGAUCAUUGAAAAAAAUAAUAAAAUUGAAUAUCAACCAGUUGUUUCACCCGUUUAUUCAAUCGAAGUUCAAAGUCAAUGUAUGUUUCUAUUAAGUGGGCAAAACAAUGGUGGGAUUGCAAUGCAAAGUAUUAGAUUCAUGGAAGGUUCGACAAUUAAUUAUUUCAAAGAACAUUCAUCAGUGGUGAAUUUACUAAGAUUAAAUGAUAAUGAGGAUAAAUUUUUAAGUGCCUCUUGGGAUAAAAAAAUUCUAGAAUGGGAUUUAAAUCGUCCACAGACAUCAAUUAAUGAAUUUAAGGGAAGUAAUUCGGAAUUGUCUUCCUUGGAGUUUAGACCUUUAUUCUCAUCUGUUGAAAUUAAACAAGCAACAGAUGAAAACAAUAAUGACGAAGAUGACGAUUCUUUAUUUGGUGAAGAAGACGAAGAUGAAGACGAAGAAAAUAAAACUACUGCCGGACACGUACCGAGUGAUGAAAUAUCAAAUGAAACUUUAAGAACAGUAUAUGAUGAAACUACUUUUAUGUCGUCGGGUCUUAAUGGCUCAAUUAAUAUUUGGGAUAAACGUAUUAAUAAAUCACCCGUUUUAUCCCUUAAUAGAGGUGCAAAUAUACCACCUUGGUGUUUUUCUGCAUGUUGGAGUGCAUCAGGUGACAAGAUUUAUGCAGGUAGAAGAAAUGCUUGUAUUGAAGAAUUUGAUCUAAAGAUGCCAUCAAACACAUCAAAUAUUUUAAAAUUACCAUCAAUUUCUGGGCCCGUUACAUGUGUCAAGACGAUGCCGAAUCAAAGACAUUUACUAGUCGGUUCGAGAGAUAACAUUAGAUUAUUCGAUACCCAAGUAGAUUCAAAAAAUAACGUACCUUUCUUAAUUGUGCCGGGUCACCAUGGUGGUGUUAUUUCAAAUUUAUAUGUCGACCCAAGUUGUAGAUUUAUAAUAAGUACAAGUGGGAAUCGUGGUUGGCAAGGGACCUCGACUGAUACUGUAUUAUUAUACGAAGUAGAUAUUCAAUAA